UUAGUUUGUGAAGAAAAUCGGGCUGUUUCAGGACUUCCGCCUGCUUUGCGUCCAGCUUGCCGCAGAGCAGCCGCCUGUCUGGAGCUGCUGCAGGCGCUAUUUGCAGCAGCGGAGACGCUUCAGCCAAAUGCCUUUCGUCUCCCCGGCUCAUGGGUUUUUAUUCAGUGCUUUUCUUCGUUGGGGGGUCGGAUCGCAGUGUUUUUGUAGCCAUGCUCCGCUGUGGCUCCAGCGGGCUGUCCUAGCUGCCUGAGCCGCUCCGGCAGCGGUGGGUCCGGCUGCAGCCGGGGGAUGAGGCCUACUCGUUAAAGCUGCCCCACCGCCCCUCCACCUACCUACCGCCAUGGCUGAUGAUCAACAACAACCCGGUCAGAAGCCUGCCUCCGGAUUAGGCUCCCUCCCAGCGCUGGUGCCAGGACUGCAGGGGCCCGAGGCGAACGCGUUACAGUUCAAAAUCAAGAACUCCAUCUGUAAAUCUGUACAAUCAAAAGUGGACAACAUAUUGCAAGAUGUUGAGAAGUUUACAGACAUCGAAAAGCUCUACCUCUACCUUAAGUUGCCUUCUGGUCCCAGCAGUGGCAAUGAUAAAAGUUUCCCCAUAUCUAUUCAUCACCCCGACCCCCAAAUUCUGCCCAUUUGGACUGGGAAUGAGAGGGGGUCCUCUACUGCUGGAUUAUGCGAUCAGAGUUCCAUGUCGUCGAGCCGUACUCAACAGAUGUAUGCAUUCAACUGGAUACGCAAUCACCUAGAAGAGCACCCGGAGACGUCCCUCCCCAAGCAAGAGGUUUACGACGAAUAUAAGAGCUAUUGUGACAAUCUCGGCUACAAUCCACUGAGUGCAGCAGACUUUGGGAAGAUCAUGAAGAAUGUCUUUCCUAACAUGAAGGCACGUCGUCUGGGCAUGAGGGGAAAAUCCAAAUACUGUUACAGCGGGUUAAGAAAGAAAGCUUUUGUUCACAUGCCAUCCUUACCCAACCUGGAUCUGCAGAAGUCUGGCGACGGGUGCGAGCUGAUGGAGCCCAGCGGCCAGUCGCCCAGCGCCGAGGAUGAGAUGAGGUCUGCGGCCUGCGGACUGGUGUGUGAGUGGGCUCAGAAGGUGCUGAGUCGUCAGUUUGACAGCGUGGAGGACCUGGCUCGCUUCCUGCUCAACAGUCACUACAUCGGUACCAAGUCCAUGGCUGCGCUCACUGUUAUGACUGGAACCCCCACAGGAAUGAAGACCCCGACUCCAGCCUCUGCGUUUGUUCCCACUGCCGAGGCAAACUCAUUCCAGCCCCAGGUGAAGACCCUACCGUCUCCCUCUGUUGACGCAAAGCAGCAACUGCAGCGCAAAAUCCAGAAGAAGCAGCAAGAGCAGAAGCUUAACUCACCCCUGCCUAGUGAGACCCAAGUGAAGCGGGCAGAAGCCAGUACCCCGGGCCCCACCAUCCCCUGUGGUAGCCCUGCUCUCCUGUCCCCUCAGCCGACCAUUGGAAUCGUAGUAGCAGCCGUCCCCAGCCCAGUGCCGGUGCAGAGAAACAGGCAGUUGAUGACCUCACCCAGCCCCGUUGGGACAGCAGAGGGGAAAGUGUUGCCUGUUAACUUCCAGGUGGUCACUCAGUCUCUCAAACAGUCUCCCAAAACGCCCCAGAAUGUCCCAGCAAGUCCUGUCGGAGACAGACUGGUUAGACACGGCACUCGGUACGCCCAAAUCCUUCCUAAGCCUUCCGCUACGAGCGCCAUAACCCUGCGCUCUCCCCCGACCCUGCUCAUAACCAACAGCCCCAUAAAAACCGUGAUGCCCUCUCCCCACGUCAGCUCUGUCAACGUGGUGAAGAUGACGGCCAUUGCUCUGGCUCCCAGCAGCAGUAACAGCAGUGUGCGUCCAGCCUCUGCUGGCUUGAACACCACAGCUGCUUCAGAUGAUUCCCAGCAGUCCCAGAGUGGGAAUUCGGCAGCUCCCCAGUCUCCUGUGGUCAAAUCUGGCCCUGCAGCAUCGGCCCAGACCCUCUCUGCAGAGGCCAAAGGGGUGUCUGAAGCCGGGGGUGACAACAAUUCCUUGUCUGGAGCAGACAAACAAGUUGGUGGAGUCAAAGAGGAGAAAAUGGUUAAAUUCAGAGCUGCAAGUGAGCCAAGCUUCCUGGUGAAGUGUUCCCCAGGACUGGAGAAAGGGUUGAGGACAAAGAGUGACUCCACCUCCCCUCCUGGCUCUGCAUCUGGGAUUCAGGACAGCAAUAACAGUAACUGCCUUGACAGUACUUUGUAUUUGACUGUUGAUAAUCAGAACUCCAACGGCAACAUGUCGUCCAACGGCUCCUCCGCUGUUACUCUGACGGCAAAGGAUGCCUGCUUAGACGGCAAGAGCCCCAGGAAGCGAGCAGCUGGGGAGUCCCACGUUAUUCCCGUUAAGAGAGUGUUUAUCUCCCAGCAACCGGUUGCUAUUAUUGACAAUCCCAAACCUGGGGUCAGCACUGCGAUAAAGAGAAUCACCAGACCAGGGACCCUUGCUAGACCAGAGAGUGCUCCCUGCAAAGACAUUUCCAAACACACGGCUCCGGGGACCACACAGAUCCUUGCACUUACAGAUGCCCCUCUCACACACACCGAAGGAACGCAGACUGCCAUGAAACAGCAAGAUAUGAAACAAGAAGACCAUUCUAUCAGUGUCGACCCCUCUGCCGGAUCGACAGGUAGCAAUGCGUCCGACCAGGCCCUGCUGCAGCAGAUCACUGGUGACCCUUGUACCGUUACAGCCAACUCAGGACCACACGAAGCCUCUGUGCGCGACAUAAAGAGCACAAUAUGGGAGCCUCAGCAGAUACCAGCAGAACACAAACAGGCCCCCGCUGAGCAGCUCUCCAUGAUGGCACAACCAUCCGAUGCCUCGGGCCAGCUCACCCUCACACAGAUGGUGGACUUUACCGGGUCUCAGCCUAACAUGGACUACUUCUCGUUCAACGAUGACGACAUGACGCAGGACAGCAUCGUGGAGGAGCUGGUCCAAAUGGAGGAGCAGAUGAAACUGAAGGGUCUGUUUGGUAACUGCGUGGAGGUGUCUGGGUUACAGGGUCAGUCGGCCGGCAGCCAGGGCUCCAUCCUCGCCUCCCAUCAAGCCAGUUCUACCUUCUACCACUCUACUCACAGCAGUACUACCCCUGUUCAGACCCCUACCCCAACUCCGACACCCACGCCGACGCCCACCCCCACUUCUGAGAUGACACUCGCCCACACCCUGACCAGGGAGAGUCCCUGCUCCCGAAUGGCUCCUGUCACCCCUGUGGACGGAGCAAUGGGCCGACACACCCCUAUCAGCACGCCGCUGUCUAACUGCAGUAGCAGCGUGCCGCCAAGCCCGGUGGAGUGCAGGAACCCUUUUGCUUUCACUCCCAUCAACUCCAGCAUCACUGGAUAUCACGACGCAAGCAUUGUGUCCAGCAGCCCGGUCAAACCCAUGCAAAGGCCCAUGGCAACGCACCCUGACAAGGCCAAGCUGGAGUGGAUCAACAACCGCUACAACAGUAACUCUGCUGGACCUCUGUCUAACCACAGCAUCGGCAUUCUGCCAAGCUACCAAGACCUGGUGGAUGAUCAGUUUCGCAAACCUCACGCAUUUGCAAUCCCUGGCCAGUCUUUCCAGUCUCAGGCAAGGCAGGACGGAGCUCACUUUGGGCGAGUGACGCCAAUUUCUCCAGUUCAGCAGCAGCAGCAGGUAACUGGGGUGACGACGCCUACCAAGCAGGAGAGCUUUGCUGUACCUGCGCCGUUGGAUAGCAAGGCUUCAGCCUCGUCCACAUCCAGCACUUUCCGCUGCCGCAGCGUUAGCCCCGCCGUGCGGCAGAGGAACUUCAGCGGUAACACCAACCCCCCGGCCACCACCGGCAGCACCACAACAACAACUCGAGCCGUGGUCUCACCCUUUAACUCCCCCAUCACCUCCGAGGUGCUCAACAUCCUUUCCAACAGCCAGACUGUCAGCUCUGUGCACAGCAUGGUGCAGCGCAGCCAGUCUGUACCUCUGACCAUCAUGAUGCAAAGCGAGAUGCUGCCAGUGCAGGGUCAGAGCAACACCGCCAAGAUCACCAGUGUCCUCCUCAGCAAAAUGGAGGCAGACGGAGACGAUUCCGUCCGCGGCCUGGGCAUCAACAAUCUCCCCUCCAACUACACGGCUCGCAUGAACCUCACGCAGAUUCUGGAGACUGCCCCCAGCUUUACGGGCGGAAGCGCUCCCCAGACUCAGCUGCCCGUCAGCUCCAGCCCAGCCGCAUUCGAGCUCCAGCAGCAUGGCUUCCUCACAGCUGGGGAAAAUCAAGCACAAGCAGGUCCCAGUGAGCAAGACCAACACCAGCAGCAACUCCAAGAAGAUCCUGCUCAGACACAACCGCAGCUCCUCCUCCAGAGCACACAGCAGCCGCAGGAGGCGGAGGACGAACAGCAGCAGCUCGACUUCAACAACACUGUCAAGGACUUGCUGGGAGAGGAAGGCCUCAACCCCAGCUCCCAGCUGGUGGGUCAGGUCGCCUCGGAGCUGAACGCCGUGGCGUCCGACUUCUCCAACGACAUCAGACUGACCUCAGAUCUGUCCAGUAGCAUCACUGACUUAAACACUUUGGACGCUAACUUGCUGUUCGACCCCAAUCAGCAGCAGGAGCAGUAUGAAGACUCGACACUGGAAGAACUGAAGAACGACCCGCUUUUCCAGCAGAUAUGCAGUGAUACCGUGAACUCUGGUUUUGACUGGCUAGAGAGCAAAGACCAGCCGACCACCGUGGAGAUGCUGGGUUAACGUUCUCUUCUACUCUGUAUGAUUUCUGUUCCCUGUCGGUUCAGUUUGGUGCAUAUGUAAUAUAUCUGUUUUUAACCCAUAGUUCAUGUGAGUUUGUCUGGACUUUGGCUGUUUGUUCUGUUGAAAGUGCCAUUCUUCCCAGUACCACCCCGCCCAAACACAGAAACCCUGCCCUCCCUCAUCGUUUGUCAGCAAGGACUUCAGUAUUUACUCAUUUCUCUCCCUCAUCUGUGAUCUAAAACGUAAGCAUUUCAAGAGACGGGUGCGAGCACUCUGUGGCAGCAUGCACCGACUAAGAGCAGAGACGUGAGCUUCGAAGGGUUAUCUUCAGUAAUGCAAUAUUUAUACUUUAUGAACAACGUAGGAAGAAGAGAUUCUUUGCAAAUCUGACACACGAGACUUAACCAAAAACAGGUUCUCCUUUUAACACGUGCAGUUUGAGCUCAACCAAAAGGAGACAUUAUUGGUUAUGAUGGUAUAUGCACAUAAAAGUUGUGGUGUGUUGCCUGCCAUAUCAAAAGAAAUUAUAAAAAAAGGUGGCGUCUUAAGCUGCCAGGUGCUGAAUUUCUGACAUAAUCUUUAUACUUUUAUCAUAAACCAACAUCAGUGGGAAAAAAACAAACUGAUUCAUGUGUGAAAAUUCUCAAAGCCUAUACUUCUUGUACUGUUUAUUAUCUUCAACAAAAAAAAAGGGAGAAUGUGAGUCAGUAGGGAGAAGAUGGAGAUGCAGGCCGCUUUGGGCAGUAUUUAUUGAAAGAAACCAACAACUUGGCUGCCUUAUUCCCAAAGUUUAAGGCCUUACGCCAUUAGAGGAACUGUAUAUAGUAUAAUGUUAAGAUAUCCAGAGCUUCAUCCUUUCAUGGCAGCUGUUACUCUUAUUUCUCCACCUCUUUUCUCUGUUGUUGUUUUGCGUUGUUACACGUUAGAAGGGUGCUGCUGGUUUCAAUCCUUCGCUUUUUUUCGUAUGAUUUUUGUUGUUUCGGGCAUAAAAUGGAGCCAUUAGCCACGGGGCAUUUCAGACCAGCCAUGGUUAUCGAUUUUAUAACUUCCAGGAGGAUAUUCCAUACCAUGUUUUUACAUAUUCUAAGUGGUUUUCCAUUAUCUGCCUGUAGUUUGAGUUUGGUUAUGUAACAGCGUAAUAUCGAUUAAGCUGCAUUUUAAUAUUCUACCCUGAACGUUUUCCUGCAAAACUUCAACCAUUAAUUUAACCCCAGUCCUUUUUUUUACGGUGCGGUUUGUGUUGUAAAGUGUGAAACAUGCUGUUUAUGUGAAUCACCUUCGGAACGGCGGCGAUGUAAAAACGCUUUGAUUUUGGGAACCUUUAUCAGGAGCAAGUGAGCCGUUUAAAAACCUUUCUAUUUAACCUUCAUCUAGCAGGGGGAAAUAACAAGUCUUCAUUCCAAAUUAAUAUUUGAGUUUUUACAUUUUUAACGCUCCAAAACUGACAUCUGUGAAGCUUCUGGAUUGUUAAUCUAUUUCAAGUGAAGCGUACGUGGUUAAGAUGGUUAAUAAAAAAAAAACUCCCUUUGGCUUUUAGGUGUUUUUUAGGUUCUUUACGCAUUAUUUUUUUUUUUAUUGCUGUGCCGUUUUCUACCUCUUGUUGCUGUAAAUUAUGUCCCCGUCUCUUUAGCUUCCUCUGCAGUAAAAGGGCUUCCCUGCUCAUAAAUGUUGCAGAAAAACAGCAUAGAUGAAUUUGAAGGAAAAAAUGCUCCCUCCUGGAAGAAAUAUUUCAGAUCACAUUGGUUUUUACUAUCUUCCAGUUGGAGCUUCCUUCUCCCCCGAACCUAACAUGUUAGAGCAUUUUAAAGCAUUUACCCUGACUGCUUUGAGGCCGUGCUGUUUAUGUAAAUCACACAUUGGCAGGAGGUUAAAAUGUAAGAAAUCUGAAAUAUCUAGCCGAUUAUUUAGCACCCCCUCCUACCAGGACUGCUUUCUGGAUUAAAUGUGUACCUAUGCAAUCGGAUCUGGACCUGGU